AUGACCAGUAAAACUAUACAGUCAACAACUCAGACUGUAAAGAAACCGUCGCCCAAUAAAACACCCACAGCUAUAGCAGCGCAAUCAUCAGUAUUACUUUCUGAACUUCCAGCCUCCAAUUUGGAAACCUAUCUGUUGUUGUGGUUGGAUGCUGAUGUCAACAAAACAGCUCACAAUAUUGAAACAGCGGUACAAUUUCGUUCUAUCAAUAGGCAUUUUCUCACAUUUGAUCGAAUAGACGAGUGUGAAAAACAUAUUCGACAAGCAAAAGAUGAAAAAGUCAUUCUUAUCGUAUCGGGAGCAUAUGGUAGUGAUAUUGUUCCUCGUUUACAAGACUUGACGCAACUCAAUGAUGUAUACGUUUAUUGUGGAGAUAAGGCUCACAAAAGAUGGGCAGACAAUUACCCCAAAGUUCGAGGUGUUUACAUUGAUUCGAGAAUACUGAUGAUCGAUCUAUUAGAAGAUCACAAGAUACGGCAUAAGAUCAAUGAUACUAUCACCAUAAGUAUAUUCAGUCGUGAUGAUGCAUCUAAUAUUUCACGUGAUCGUCAAUCUCAUAUUGCCAUGUUUAUGUGGCUUCAACUGUUUGUUGAAGUUCUAUGUCGUAUGCAUCAUAAAUCGGAUGCGAAAGAGUUUGAAGAUGAAUAUGAUCCAGAAAAGGCUAUCUGGUGGUAUACUCGUGAGUCAUGUUUAUACCGUCUUCUCAACAAAGCUUUGCGUGAACAAGAUUUUGAUAUUAUAUUUUCAUUACGAGUUCUUAUUAGUGACCUUGCUAAACAGUUGAAGAAAGAACAUAAUCGUCUCAUACGCACGUCAAAUAAUAAUCAACCAGUUCUUCGAAUAUAUCGUGGUCAAGCUAUAUCCACCGCGGAGCUAAAUUUGAUGAAGUCUAACGCGGAACAGUUUAUUACUAUGAAUAAUUUCUUGUCUACCACAUUUAGUCGAAAGACGGCUGUUAAAUUUGCAAAACAAGUUACUGUUAAUAAUGAUGUUGAAAGAAUUCUUUUUGAAAUGGAGGCUGACACACGGUUGUUAACAAAACCAUUUGCCAAUAUAGAACAUUUAAGUUAUUAUGAGGAAGAAAAUGAAGUACUGAUAAUGCUGGGUUCAAUAUUUCGAAUAACUGAGUUGUAUUAUAAUGAAAGAAAUAAUAUUUGGAUAGCAAAACUGAUACUAUGCAGUGAGGAAGAUUAUGAUCUUAAAGAAAUAUUCUCGUAUAUG